AUGCCCGCUCCCCAAUACGGCGCCCUCGGCGCGUCCUACACCGUCGCCCGCGGUCUCCAGGGUAUCUCCCUCAUCUCCAUCAUUGGGAUGACCGCGAAUUUUAUCGCGCAAAUGGUUUCUUCCAAGACCAACCCUCCUAACGUCCUCAUUGGGACCAUCAGUGUCACCUGCAUAGCAGUCCUCUACUGUGGAAUCUCCUACAUCCUCUUUUGGGACCGCCACCUUCCCUUCCUCAUCGCAACCGGUCUCGACUCCGCCCUCCUCAUCGCCGUCAUCGUCGUCGCCGUCACCAUCGGCAAGCCCCUUUCCUACCUCGACUGCGCUGUCCUCUCCAAGGACGGAGGCAGUGCUAAAGCUUUCUUGUCGUCUGUUGGUGCCAACAUUGGGAAGGUUGAUUAUUUUGUUUGGGCCGGGGCGGAUAGUUUGACUUGUUACGAGAUGAAGAGUAUUUGGGGUCUGAGUAUUGCGUUGUGUAUCCUUUUUGCGCUGUCAGCGGCGAUGAGCGCCUUGUUGUGGAAGAGGACUAGGGGGGGGUUCACUGACCUCGAGAAGUGA